AUGAGACUCCUCAGGGAAAGACAGGAAUUCAAGCCGGUCAGAGCUCCAGCGACACACAGUGCAACUUGGGAGGAAACAGAGGCAUCACAAAAGGCCCCAACACAGGCGGCUCGGAUCACCAACGACUCGCAACACGCACGGACCAAGGCUCCCUCAGAGAAGAACCCCUAUAUGCAGGCCGGCAGGGCGGGUGACUCUUGCGUACAGCCGGUCUCAUCGUGGCGGACACAAAAGGCUUGUGCAAGCCGACGCAAGGAGCCAAAGGGACAAGCCUGGAGACUCAAGCUCUCCUACAAGUCAAACUGGACUUAG